GGUUCUUCCGCAAACAGUUUUGGCGGAUCUGAGAAAAGAAAUACACAGGCAACUUGGAAUUGAUUCCGUCCCAGAACAUUUUGUUUUCCUCCGAUCAGUUGGAAGAAAUUUCACACAAAAAUUUUCAGGAGUUGGGAAUGAACCAGAGGAGUUAGCAAUGGCUUCUGACGAAGAUGAGUGUUGUGCGAGAAGUCUGGAGAGCAGGUUUAUGAGUGCUACCAUGGAUUUCACGUGGCUCUUUGAAAUGGAACUUUUGGAAUGGGUCCGACCGAAGCAAGAAAUGGAGAUGAAAGUAAAGAAUUACAUUCCACCUUUUGCUCCAGAACCAGAAUUAUUUUUGAAAGAGGGCCACUACACAGGGCCCAAUAACUGGUCUCAGGGAGAAGACAGCGGUCUUGAAGAAAGCCUAGCAGACAGCAAUAGUCAGCGAUCACAUGACAGAGCUACUCCAGAAAGUUUAACUGAUGAGCACCAUAUCGUUUUGCCCAAGUUGACGGACUUUCUAGACAUUCCUGUAGGGUCAGGCCUCGAUGAGAACGGUGGUCGGUCUUCAAUGCCUCCUGGUGCAAUGACCAUCUCCAUGUCGGCAGAUGACCUCUCGUCCUCCAGCAUCUUCCACAGAGCGAGUGGUAAUCGUAAAGUGCUGGGGGAGGUCCCACACGUACGUCCUAUCAGAACAGACCAGAGAUUCGUCGAAGACAGUCGUUAUCGUCGCAUAAGAGAGCGCAGCCUUGACAAAAGCAUACUCUCAAGCAACAAACAAAGGGACCGCGAGGCGACCAAUGCAGACCACAGAGAGAACAUGAGAGAUGGAAGCUGGAACAGGCGACAAAAACGAGGCACAUCGAAGGAGCGUGGUGGCACACAGCUACCUACCUGGGCUGAAACAAGGACUACUCGUCUGCGAAGAAGCCGUGCUCUCGGAGAAAGUAACAGCAAUGCCACCUCUCAACAAAAAAAAAAGCGCGAGGUAAGCAGAUCGAAAACAAGAGAGCCUCCCCCUCCCCGUCAUCCGUUCGAUGCGGAAGAUGAAGCAGAAGAGGAGGAGCCUGGCAAAAUUCUGAUGGACCGAAUUAGGGCCAAUUCCAGGUGUCUCAAAGCCCAACUCGCAUCUCGCAGGACAGUGACGGACACAGGAUCUGCAAGCGCCGAACGCCCCUCCAGGGAGAGGAAGGCUGAAAAUCACAAAAACGGGAAAGGACACAACGGCGUGUACACCAUGCACGCGAGGAAGAACCGUAGGGGCGGUAGCGAGAAUGAAGAACGAGCGGAGGGCAUCGUUGAGGUCGAAACGACGGCGGUCAAGCUCCUCGACGAGCAAGGUAACGAGAUAUCCAAAGAAAAUCCGGUCACUCUUCGUAAUGAUGAACCGAAAGAAGAGCCGGAAAUUGUUCACCAGCAUACACUGUCUGUGGAUGGACAAGAUGGCCGAACGGACAACAUGGCCGGAAACGAAGAAUCUAAUGAAAGACAUCCAGAAGCCCUGGAGGACAUCUCCGAGAAUAGCGGGAGUAGAGAAUCUUCCGAAUCGAAUAAUCAGACGGAGUCCGAUGCAAAAGAAGCGAACUCUGAAAUCACCGACUCAGACUACAACCGAUCCGACAUCAAAGAAGACGAUUCUGAAAGGUCGCAAAACUCUAGGAAUGACAGCGAAGUGAAUGCUUCUACAAACGACCUUGAGGAAGGACGAUUGGUCAACCAGAACGGAAAAUUAACCAUCGAAGUCGAGGUGAAAGAGCUUGGUAGCAGCGAGGAAAGUGGGGACACACCUCUUCCCUCAGCAACUUUGGAAUCCAAUCUUACCCCUGUACCAGUUGACGGUACUGGUGAAUAUGAUAGCUAUAGAGUAUAUUCGGAACAAAACUUAACUUCAUCUUCUGUAGAACAUGGGCAGGGGGAAUCUAGUUACCACGAAAGGCACAGUAGGGUUGACGCCUCGAGAAGUGACGAUGUGCGAAUGAAAAAGGCCCGAGAGGCAAGAGGUGUAUAUUUACGGCGGAUGGAGCACCGAAAGAGCCAGUCGAACGUUGCUAGGACUCAGUCUAAUGAACAAGGACUGGACAGUGUCCGCAGCAGGGCGGGUGAUGCCGGUUCACCGGUCAGACGUUAUGGUGGCAGCGUGAGAAGUUUUUCUCAAAACAGGAAGAGUGAACAAUCUCGUCUGGAGAAGUGGAGUACAUCUGCUGCUUCUACUGGGGACCUGAGGGAAGCUGCUUGGGACUACUCCUAUGACA